GCCGGGCGCGGGGCACGGGACACGGGCUUGGGGCACGGCAAUGUGAGAGAGACGUUGAGGUGUUGGAGAGCAUCCAGAGGAGAGCCGCGAGGAUGGGUGAUGGGAGUGGAAGCCUUAGGAGCAGCGGCUGAGGCCACUUGGUGUGUUCGGCAUGGAGAAGUGGAGACUAAGGGGAGACACCGUUGUGUUCUUCAGCAUCCUCAUGAGAGAAUGCAGAGAGGCAGGCACUGAUCUCUUCACUCUUUUAACCAGUGACAGGAUCCAAGAAAACAUGAAGCUGAAUCAGAGGAGGUUUAGGUUGGAUAUUAGGAAAAGGUUUUCACCCAGAGGGUGGUUGAGCACUAGAACAGGCUCCCCAGGGCAGUGGUCAUGGCACCAAGACCGAGUUCAAGAAGUAUUUGGACACCACUUUCAGGCACAGGGUGGAUUCCUGCGGUGUCCUGUGCAGGGCAUGGAAUUGGACUCAGUGAUCCUGCUGGGUCCCUUCCAGCUCAGCACAUCCUGAGACUCUUGUGAGGCUGCUCAGGGAUGCAGGUGACACUCCGGCCACUUGCAGAGCCAUUUGUCUGCCUGGGGUGUCAGGGCCAAUCCCCUGGGACAGGGUGAGCUGUGGGGUGCAGCCAUCACUCCGGCCCCUGUGUUUCCCUGCUAGGUGUAGGGCAGGUGUAGAUGCUACUUACAGUUUCAGCCUUCAUUGCUCAUUACAAAGGUUUGUGAGAAUAGGAAGAGGCCACACAGAACGAGUCUUUGAAGGAGCCACUGGCACAUGAGAACAAAUGAGAACCUUCUGCAGCACCUUGACAAGUUGUCUCUGCAACUAACAUUUUCUCUUUAACACUGGUAUCAAGCCAUGCAUUGCAUCUUUCUCAGGGUGGAGUUUGGUAGAGAAUUCAUCAUUCAUGGCACACAGAGCUGUACCUGAGACCAAGGAGAACAGAGUUGUAACUACUGCAGUUCUUUGGCUGUGUGUUUAUUGGCUCCCACAGAACAGCAUCUCCUCUAUGAUCUCUGGCAAGGUUUGCUGUACCUUACAUAGCAUGCCCCAUGGUUUCUUGAAAAAAGCUUCCUCCACAUCUGCAGCAAUUUUACCUUUCAGCAUGGCCUGCCCUUGGAUCAGUAACACUGUUUCCUGUGGUGGGAAACUUACACAGGCGGGGGAAUAGACUCUACCAAAAGCUGCUACAGGGUUAAGGCUCUCUACUGAUUGUUGCUCCUUCAGGCUUCUUGCAGUGGCCCUCAGACUUACAUAUUAUCAUGCUCUGAUACAUUCAAGAAAGACUUUAUGCAAAGCUGCAAUCAGUUUCAGUCACAGGCAGGGCACAAGUUAUUUCUGGCUUUUUUGUAAUGCAUGUUGAGUGCAAUGCUGAGCCCAACUUGAGUCACAGGGAACAGGACAGAAACAUGAAGAGCUGAGAAUAUCUGAGUUAUGCUGGUUCUGAAGAAUUAACUUGAGGUUUCCCCUGGAUCUGCCCUGCUGUCUGUGUUUGUGGCCAUGAAGCAGGGUUUUGUGGUGGGUUUGUUUAAUGUCAUGGAAGACAGUUAACUUCAGGACUUUUUCAUUGAUUCUUUAGCUCUAUCAACUUCCUUGGAUAUUGGGCUGAGUAACUGGAGCUUCCUGUAUGUCACUGUCUCCCUCUACACGAUGACCAAAUCCUCUGCCAUUCUCUUCAUCCUGCUUUUUUCACUGCUCUUCAAGCUGGAGGAAAUGAGGGUGACAUUGCUGGUGGUGGUUCUGCUCAUCGCUGGGGGACUCUUCAUGUUCACCUACAAGUCCACACAGUUCAACACCCAGGGGUUUGUGCUGGUGCUCUGUGCCUCUUUCCUGGGGGGCAUUCGCUGGACUCUCACACAGAUGCUGAUGCAGAAGGCUGAGCUGGGGCUCCAGAAUCCCAUUGAUAUCAUGUUUCACCUGCAGCCGCUCAUGUUCCUGGGGCUCUUCCCACUCUUUGCGGUGUUUGAGGGCCUGCCUUUGUCCAUAUCAGAGAAGCUCUUCCGUUUCCAUGAAGCAGGAAUGCUGUUCUCUCUGGUAGGGAAGCUGUUCUUGGGUGGAAUUCUUGCCUUUGGUCUAGGCUUUUCUGAGUUCCUCUUGGUUUCCAGAACAUCUAGCCUCACCCUUUCCAUUGCUGGCAUUUUUAAGGAAAUCUGCAUUUUAUUCCUUGCCACACAUUUACUGGGAGACCACCUCAGUCUCUUGAACUGGCUGGGCUUUGCUGUCUGCCUGUUAGGAAUCUCCCUUCAUAUUGUUCUCAAAGCCAUGAAUUCCAAAGGUGACAAAGCACUGGAGCCACACAAAGAGAGCAGCUCUGCCCCUGACCUGGAGCUGCUGCUGCGCCACCCUGAGCAUGGUGAGGAAGAGGAAGAGGUUGUUGAAACCCCACAACAGCACUGACUGAACAUGAAGCACAAAGCCACCUGCUCUGUUCUUACCAAACCUGCCUGACAGCUGUCCAGGAGGAAGGUCCAAAAGUCUCUGUGAUCACCCAAAGCAGAGCCAGGGCCUGGUGAGAGAAUUCUGCUGUUCUGCUACAGGCUGGAUCUGUAGGUGCUGCACAAGAAACAGGCAAUAUCCCUUUCACAGGAACUUGGAAGACAGGCCCUGGUUCAGUGGAUGUAGAAUGGAGAGGUGAGACAAGGAAAAGCUGUAAAAAGUCCAUUAGGGGAUCCUGAAGGCUGUUUACUGAGAGGGUGGACCGUGAGCUGUAGAAUGAACAUGGACAUGGCUGGACUGCAGGCUGAGUGGUUCAGGGAUGAUUUUACUGCUGUUUAGACUUUGACUUCAAAGGAGAGAGUAGAUACACCUUCCCUUUUUUUAUAUUUCUGCAAAUUAGGAACUCCCAUCCUGUGGGGUCACAUGUCUGAAAAAAUCCCUAGAGUUGUCCCAGUGAGAAGGAACUUUUGUGCCUGGGGACCUCCAUGUUCUGUGUGCAUAGUAAGGAGAGAAUUAAAUGCUGGUAUUUGGGACCAAUUGAAAAUUAUGAACAUUUCCAGAUUAUGUUGGUUGGAGGGAAGACAGGGAUGCAAGAGUACUUCUGGUGCCACAGGCCAAGAGGAGAAUGAGCAGUGUCACAGGAGAUCUAACUUGAGCAAUAAGCUUAAUAGAAAGUAUGUGGGGUUUUGAG